CCUAGGAAGACGCUGCCUCCGACAGCAGGGAAAGGUCCAGCGCGGCGGUUGGAGGUGCGUGUGUGCGGUUUCUGUGCGUUCCGUGGGCUUUGUGCGGUCCGGGCUGGCCCGAGGGCUUUGGUUCACUCGCUGGGACCAGAGCGCUCUAGAAAGGUAGGACCAGCCCUCUGGCAGCAGGCUGACGGGACGAGCUGCCAGCGAACGAGCGCGCGGGGAGAAGGAAAAGGAUGGGGUAAGACUUCUUCGCUUACAGAAGGACGGGGCGAAGAGCAGCAAAUAGGUUAAGAACCUGGAGGAGGUGAAACGCUGGGUUUGUUUUCUUUACUCAAAGGGAUGUUGGGAGUUGCAAAGGCCUUCGCUCUUCACAUCCAUCUCGUUCCAGGCGCAGCUCCCGCCCCUUCGCGACUCGCUGUUUCCCAGCAAGUUUCCCCGGGCGGCAGCGUGCAGGUCUGGUCCGAUUACCUCAAUGUGCACUUGCACCCCAAGAGCGUCUACGUCAUCCGUCAGUACAUGCACGAUGGGGAGUGUGGUUGUCUAGAAGCCUUCGGACAAGGUGAAAGUCUCCUGCAGGAUCCUGGCUGCAUAGAAGAGUUGGAAGAUCGGCUGCACUUCUAUGUUGAGGAGUGUGAUUAUCUGCAGGGAUUUCAAGUCCUCUGCGACCUACACAAUGGAUUCUCGGGAGUUGGUGCCAAGGUGACAGAACUGCUCUACGAUGAGUAUUCAGGAAAAGGAAUCCUGACCUGGGGCUUGACCCCGGUCACAAGUAAUGUGGGAGAUUCUCAGAAGAAUUUUUACAGGCUGAUGAACACAGCCCUAGGAAUCGUCCGUCUCGCCAGUCACAGCUCGCUCUUUUGUCCGCUGUCGCUCAGUGGGAGCCUAGGAAUCAAGCCACAACCUCCCGUGACAUUUCCGUAUAUAAACUAUGAUGCAUCACUUAACUACCACAGUAGCGCAAUUUUGGCAGCAGCGCUCGACACCCUUACUGCGCCUUACCGGCUCUGUUCCUCUCAGUGCUCCAUGAUGCACCUUGCCGAAACACUUAACUUCUCUGGGAGAAAGGUUGUGGCUGCGUGGGCUUCUGUUCCCUUUCCUGCCCUACACGGCUACUCGCUCCCCGAUACUUUAUACGCCUACCAGCAGGACGUACCCUGGAAGCUUCUGUCUUCAUGUAGGGAGCAAAAGGUCAGCUGCUGUUUUGCUCAGUCUGUUGUGCUACGAGGAAUUCGCAAAGAAAGUCACAUCAGCAGCUGCCCAGGAAAGCAGCCCACUUCUCCGCUCCACGCUUGUGAGAGCACUGAGCAGAUUCUGCAGCAUUACUUACACGCUGCGUUUCCUGGGGCAUUCAGCACAUCCCACGUGCUUGAGCAGCCAUGUAAUACCCUUCCUCCGUACCCCCAGUUUUUUUCUCCUCUUCUGACCAAACAAGGCUUCCUCCUGGACAAACCUCCCAGUUAUUCUUCAGCAGCUGUUGAAAGCAUCCCUGUACUGGCAGCCCUGCAGUCUUCACCAGUUCUGCACACGCUCCUCUACAGCUUAUACAAGGAUCUACAGAAGUUGAACACGCGGCGAUGGGCCAGCUUCUUCUCUGCUGGAGUUGAACAGGAUGACUUCCAGGAGGCCUUAGAGGAGCUAAGAACUCUGUCACAGUGCUAUGAAACAGGGUUUGAAGCAGAUGAGUCUGAAGAUGAAGCAGAUUCAGACUAACUCAUCUUUAUUACUAGAGAUAGUGGAAGUAUUCGUAUCUUUAAGAUCACUUUCAAAAUAAAGGGAAUGGCUUUAAAGAUGGCCCAACUGCUACUUUCUUUUCAUUUCAGCAAAAUCCUGUUACAAAGGCUGGCUGAAGCUGUCCAGCUACUUGCAGUUGUGUUGUAAAGGAGGAAAGCUGCUUUUUUGGGGCUCUUUUUGUUUGUUUGGGAUUUUUUUUUUUAAACUUUGCAAAGUGAAUUUGCUCUGCCUGUUUGUUAGAAUAAGACCACACAAUAAAUACAGAAUUCAGA